AUGGACGCGCUGCUCCAAACCAGCGGUCCGGAGCAUGAUGGCCAACAAUACGUCAAAGCCUUUGCCCAGGUGACAUACGAAACGACUCAGAAAUGCUAUCCGGUCGUGCUGCUUCUCGCCUUUAUUAUCUCGGCCGGCAUCCAUAGCAUCGCCAAAUCGAGGACUGAGGAAGAACUCCUGAUUCCGACAGCCACAGGUCCAGGUGGCAAGCCGCUGCCCAUUACGAAGCGAAAACGGGAGCACCGAGAUCAGCAAUCGUUAUAUUCCACCGACGGCUGCAACGGAGGCAUCUCAAUUCAGGUUUUUCGGUAUUUGGUGGGCGCCUUGAUUUUGUCGUUUGCUGCCAAUGCGGCUGCAACUGCCCUGCAUGUCUGGCAAUCCAGCAAGGUUGGAGGAGAGCUGUGGUGGUGUGGGGAGGAGAGAGUUGUCUACGUCGUGGGCGCGGCGUUCUUAUACAUUUACGUUUUAAUCACCCUCUUUGACUGGGAUGACAGCCCGACGCCAGUGCACUCGAUAAUAUGGGUGCUUGGUCUUUUUGGGGAAGCCAUUAUCCUUUUAUCGUUUGUCUGCACCCUCGCCACUGGGAAAUAUGUCUUGGACGGCGAGGAGAUGGGGGCUCUCCGAGAAAACCCACUGGGUUUCUGGGACUUGACAGAUCUGGGCAUUGGAGGUGUCCGGCUGCUCAUUGUUGUGUUUUUGGUCAGCAUGUACGCCCUCGUCGCAUCAAAAAGACGCCUGGAAGAACGGCGGCUUUUGGACGAAGAGGCGAACCGGUCGGACUCGGAUGAAACGAGCCCGCUUCUUUCGCACAGCGGAACCGCAACACCUUACAACCGUGGACGAUCAAGACAAAACUCGGAUUAUGGAGGCACCCGCAAUGUCAACAAAAAUGCCAACAACGAUCCUGAAGGCGGUUACCAGCAAUGCGAGGACAAUGCCGCCUUUUACCGACCCGACAAACUGCCGCAUAAAACCUGGUUCGAAUAUUGCCGUGGAUACUCGAUCUUCUUCCCCUAUCUCUGGCCCAGCAAUUCGACCAAGCUCAAGCUCAUCGUCUUGUUGUGUUUUCUGCUGGAAGUCUCGCAGCGUGUCGUCAAUAUCAUGGUCCCCGAACAGAUCAAGACUGUGACAGAUACCCUUGCCAAGAAUUUCGACCACCCCAACACCGGAACAGGUGCCAAAAUUGCCGCUGGCUUGACGGGAAUCUUCAGCUUCUCUGGCGGCAAAGAUAACGGUGAAAACCCUGGCAAUACUGGGGCUCCGUGGUUUGAUCUCGGGCUCUUCAUUGCGCUCAAGCUUCUCCAAGGCCCAUCCGGAUUGCUGGGAUCAGCCCGCUCCAUUCUUUGGAUUCCCGUAUCUCAGCACACCUAUCGCGCCCUCACGACAGCAGCUUUCGAACAUGUUCACUCCCUGUCUCUGGAUUUCCACUUGGGAAAGCGCACUGGUGAAGUGCUCUCUGCUCUUAACAAGGGUGCCUCGAUCAACCAGUUCUUGGAACAGGUCACCUUCCAGGUUGUGCCAAUGUUGGUCGAUCUUUUGCUCGCCAUCGGCUGGUUUUACUUCCGUUACGGAGCGAUGUAUGCACUUUUUGUGUCCAUCAUCACGUUUUACUACCUCUACUUGACCAUUCGCAUGGCUGCCACUAGAUCUGAUCAACGACGCGACAUGGUCAAUGCCGACCGCGAGGAAGAGGCUGUCAAAAACGACUCGAUCACAUCAUACGAGACGGUCAAAUACUUCAACGCCGAGCAGCACGAAUUUGCGCGGUAUCGCAAUGCCAUUGUCAAUUUCCAGACGGCAGAGGCCAAGGUUACAUGGGGCAUCAAUCAUAUGAACAUGUGCCAGUCGAUUGUGUUCAUGUGCGGUUUGCUGGUUGUCCUCUUGACCUGUGGCUAUGAAGUAUCUCAGGGGACACGCACUGUCGGUGAAUUCACGUCCUUGGUCACGUAUCUCGCCCAGCUGCAAGGCCCGCUCAACUUCUUUGGCUCGUUCUACCGUACGAUUCAGCAGGCCAUGAUCUCGGGUGAGAGACUGCUUGAAUUGUUCAAGAUCCAGCCUACUGUGGUUGACAGCCCCGGGGCAGUCCCCCUGCAGGAGAGCACCGGCCAUAUCAAGUGGGAGAACGUUGGCUUUUCAUACGACAACCGCAGAACCGCCCUUCACGAUCUGUCAUUUGAGUGCAAGCCCGGCACGACCACCGCUUUUGUGGGAGAGUCUGGCGGAGGCAAGUCGACUGUCUUCCGGCUCAUGUUCCGGUAUUACAACCCCAAAGCCGGAAGACUUUUGAUCGAAGGCCAGGAUGUUCAAGACCUCACCAUUGACUCGGUGCGCCGCGCCAUUGGUGUUGUUCCUCAGGACACGAUCCUCUUCAACGAGACGCUCAUGUACAACCUCCGCUAUGCCAACCCCAGCGCAUCCGACGAAGAGAUCUAUGAGGCGUGCCGGGCUGCUGCCAUUCACGACCGCAUCAUGAGCUUCCCUGAUGGCUACAACACCAAGGUGGGAGAGCGAGGCCUCCGGCUCAGCGGUGGCGAGAAGCAACGCGUGGCGAUUGCGCGAACAAUUCUCAAGAACCCCAAGAUCAUCAUGCUGGAUGAGGCGACGUCGGCACUUGAUGGAGAAACAGAGCAAAAGAUCCAGUCGAAGCUGAUUAGUGGCAAGUUCGGACAAGGCCGCACCUUGUUGAUUAUUGCUCACCGACUGUCGACCAUCACUCACGCAGACCAGAUCAUUGUUCUCCAUGCCGGCACCAUGGUGGAGAAGGGCACUCACGAGGAGCUUCUGGCCCUCAACGGUCGCUACGCCGCCAUGUGGGAAAAGCACUGCCGCGCCGAACGUGCGGCCGAACAUGCUCGCGACGCAACACGGAAAGCCAAGAAGCUCAUGGGCUAUGCAAACAUUUCUAGGCCCAGCGGUGCGAAUGGCUACGAUAGCAUGUUGUCAUCCGCCAUCCUGCCUACGGCCAUGAACAGCCCUACGCUCGCACCGAAGCAUGACGACAGCCGCUCCAUCAGCUCGAAUGAUAGCCAUCAUUCUGGCAGUGGCUCUGACGGCACGCUUCAAGAGGAGGACGACGAGCAGCCGGAAAAGUUGCAGCCCAACGGGGUGAAGCAAGACGAGGAGCGUAGGCCGCUUCUGUACUCGUUCCCCUCGGGCACCACAGCUGGCCGCUCGACGGAUGCCCCGGACCGUGUUUGAUUUCCAAGCACUCGAUCCCCUACUGUCGGAUUUGUCACCACCACAUUUUGGCAUUUUUGCGUUUCUACUCUUUUUGAAUCCGAUAGAGCGCUCAACACAUGCGGAGCACAGCCAAUAACUUUAAUGAGGCGACAUUGAUCACCUCCCUAAUCAACUAAUCAAGAAUCCUGGACGCCUUCAACUACCGAGCCGGGGUUGAUGAUUUCACCGUCCAACAACACGGCGAACUGUCGACAAGCCGGCGGUAUACCCUACUGUAACGAAUAUCACGACACGCACGACUGUCAGCGAUCACAGUAUAGCACAGCACAGCGCAGCGAAGCGAGCUUUUUAAUAGUCCUACAACUCAACAUUCCUCUUCUGUUUGUAUACUUUUGUUUUUUCCUUUUAUUUCUCUGUUUUUGGGGGUUUGUGCUGCGCAUGUUUUUCUGAGACGACAGAGACGAAUCUCCUCUAGCCUUGUUUUUUCUCGGUUUUUUAUAUUUCUUCUCCUUUUUCUUUGAAACCACGAAAUGAUAUCCCCAGCAUAUGGGCGGCGUUGUGUGCGUGCUUUGACUUUGGAUCAAGGCGGUAGGAGGGUGGAUGGGGUGAGGAGGGGGAAAGGGGGUUGUAGAGAAAAUGAAUGAGAGCCUGUUUCAGCGCAAAGCGAACAAGCGAGUGUUUACUACCUUCUUCCCUCAUGAUGUGUCUGGUAGAUUGGGGGGGUCCAAGGGGUCGUCCGUCUGCAGGACAUCACCGACGGGCAUAAAGGCGAAAGGAGUUUCAUGGGGAUGUUGGGGCUUAUGAGUUUUGGCGUUUUGGUUGUGUUGUUUGUUUGAGCGUAAGUUUCAUGGUUUUUUUUUGGGAUGUCUGUAUGCUUUUGAUGAGUAGGACGCAAGAGGCAACGUUAAUGGGGGUUUUUGUUGCCUUGCGCUGGUGAGGGAAGGGAGAGAGGCCUAAAGGAAAGGAAAAAGGGGCUUGAUACCAUCAUUGUGAGUUGAGAUGUGUGUAGAAUGAGAUUCUUCUGAGAUAUGAAGAGGGAAUAACACGAAAGUCUGUCAUUUGAUGGACGUUAUUUACAAGAUUUUGAG